GGCCGGCGAGCACGUUCAUAUCGGUCAUUUCGUCGGCGAAGUUUGGCGAAAGCACUGACGCCACGUUCCUGAUUCUACCGGAAGACUUGAGGUUCCCACGGAGCCGUAAAGAGAAGCCACGCAGCGGAGGCAGGUAGUGUGCAACAAAUUAAAGUAGCCAUAACUGAUAUCACAGAAUCCUUGGCGAUCCUGUCGAACCGAGAAAGAGCACGGUAAUAUGGCAGACUACGUGAUCGACGACGCUGGUCAGGACGAGAAGUUCCCGAUCCGAGAAGACGGCCUCUCAGCAGCGCAGCUUCUCUCAGGUGGAGAUGGCUUGACGUAUAACGACUUCAUCAUCCUUCCUGGGUACAUAGACUUCACUGCUGACGAGGUAGACCUCUCAUCACCGCUGACUAGAAAAAUCACCCUCAAGGCACCGCUUGUCUCUUCCCCCAUGGACACAGUCACAGAGUCCGACAUGGCGAUAGCAAUGGCACUUUCAGGAGGAAUUGGUAUAAUCCACCAUAACUGUACUCCGGAGUAUCAGGCAAACGAGGUUCACAAGGUCAAAAAAUACAAACAUGGAUUUAUCAGGGAUCCGGUCGUUCUUUCACCAAACCACACGGUCGGUGACGUUCUGAAGGUGAAAUCCAAACAUGGUUUUUGCGGGGUUCCAAUAACUGAGAAUGGCAGGCUGGGUGGAAAGCUUGUAGGCAUUGUAACGUCGAGGGACAUUGACUUCCUCGAAGACAUACCUAGUCAACAGAACCAAAAGUUGGAAAAUGUAAUGACCAAACUGAACAAUCUGAUCACUGGAACUUCUGGAGUUACUUUGCAGGAGGCUAAUUCCAUCCUUGAAAAAUCAAAGAAGGGUAAACUUCCAAUAAUUAAUGAGAAUGGUGAACUUGUAGCCCUGAUGGCAAGAACUGAUCUGAAGAAAAAUCGAAGCUAUCCAAACGCCAGCAAAGAUGAGAACAAACAGCUUCUUGUUGGCGCAGCGAUUGGAACUCGUGAGGGAGAUAAGCAGAGGCUGCAACUCCUGGCAGCUUCCAAAGUCGACGUAGUCGUGCUGGACUCAUCACAAGGAAACUCCAAGUACCAAAUUGACAUGAUUAGGUAUAUCAAAUCAAAAUAUCCGGAGUUGCAAGUGAUCGCAGGUAAUGUUGUCACAAGUAUGCAAGCGAGAAACCUCAUACGAGCGGGGGCCGAUGGUCUCAGAGUUGGGAUGGGGUCAGGAUCGAUCUGUAUAACUCAGGAGGUAACGGCUGUUGGUAGGGCACAGGCCACAGCAGUAUACCAUGUUUCUGAGUAUGCCAGGAAGUUUGGAGUCCCUGUGAUAGCAGACGGCGGCAUACAGUCUAUUGGCCAUAUAAUCAAGGGGCUGAGCUUAGGCGCAAGUACAGUGAUGAUGGGAUCGCUGCUGGCUGGAACAUCAGAAGCACCAGGAGAAUAUUUCUUCAGUGAUGGAGUGCGUUUGAAGAAGUAUAGAGGGAUGGGAUCGUUAGACGCUAUGAACCGGGAAGAUGCAAGGGGCUCAGCGAUGGAUAGAUACUUUCACAACGAGAUGGAUAAGCUAAAGGUGGCACAGGGAGUCAGUGGAUCAAUAGUUGAUAAGGGCACGGUUCUCAAAUUUCUGCCAUACCUCCAAUGUGGAAUUAAGCAUGGUUGUCAAGAUAUUGGAGCCAAAUCUAUAACAGCAUUGCGAUCUAUGAUGUACAGUGGAGAGCUCAAAUUUGAAAGGCGAUCACAGUCGGCACAGCUCGAGGGUAAUGUGCAUGGAUUGUUUUCAUAUGAAAAACGAUUGUAUUAAAUAUCUAGUUCAAUUCCUACAUGGUUACUUGCAGCGUUAAUUGAAAGACCCUAAUUUUUGAGGCUGAAGUGAGUAACAUUAAGUCAUGAAAAGUUGAGAUAAAAAUCACAAUUUUGCAUCUUCAGAAUAACUUUCAAGGAAUUAAAUUUGCAAUAUAUGAGUUUGUGCAUGAUGUAGAAGGUCUUACAAAAUUUCACUUAACUCUAAAGUUGCGAAGUAAUGAGUUUUUCUAUAAAUGCAUCUUUGCAGUAAUGUUACAUACUCCAACUUUACUUUAAUUUACGGUACACUGAAUGGUAAACUUGUGUUUGCAUAAUAUUAUUAUAAUUAGUAAAGCAUCAAAUUUACAAAUAAUCUAUAGUGAUGGAAUUAAUCCCUGCUCUUUAUUUAAUCUUUUGUUCCUUCUCAGUUUCCGAUCUGAUAGAUCGCUAAGAAUAUCUAAGUACCUUUAUUGUGCAGAAAUGAAUGUUUAGCUCAUCGUAUUUUUCCUGUUACCUAAUGGUAUUCCAAACUGAAUUACAAAUUAGUGAAAUUUAAUUUCAAAUUAGAUUUAUUCUGAACGUACCUUAUAAGGUCACAUUGUAAGAAUUUGGGUUGUUCAUCUAUAGCAGUACUGACAAAUUUCAGUUUUAUCAGUAUAAAUGUAUGUAUAUAUUUUGCUCAUGAUGUAUUUCAAACAACCUUGCCAAAUCAAUUGGCCUCUCCAAUUUUGUAACCAGUUCAAUUUAUACAUAUACGUAUUUCAUAGGUCUUUAUAAAUUUAUAACAAUAUUUUGUGUGUAUUACAUACAUAUACAUAGGUAUACAUGUAUUUCUAGUUUGUAUAUUUGGUAUAAUUAUAAGUACAUUAGACCGGACAUGUAAUCGCCCACAUGAUAGCUAAAAGCAAAAGCUGUACUUAAAGUCUCAAAUUGAAACAAUCCUUAGACCAUACUUAGUAAUUUGAGGUGAAUUAUGAUAAUAUGCAGUAAACUUGACCAAUUAUCUGUAUGCCGGUUACAUUAAAAAAAUUAGUUCAAGUAAACAAAAUUGCAUACGGAUAUACGUAUAUCCAUAACUAAUGAAUUUCAUUAUUUUGUUGUAAGUAAUUUUAAUUCAAAAAUAUUCCGAAACCAAGUUAUUUACACCAGAUAUUUUAUCAACAAAUAUAUUUUAUACCAAGAUAUUAUUAUAAUACCAUAAUUAAAUACAAUUGCAAGAUGACAAGAUUUCCCGAAUUUAUCUUACCCGUCCCCAUAU